GGUGAGUCAGAGAGUGUGUGUUUGAGAGCUGGAGAAAGAGCUGUAAACAUUUUAGCCCGGAGGCUGGACGGGAGGAGGGAUAUCCCUGACUUUGUGCCUUUUUCAAACUUUUCGUGCGCACGGAGUUGUGUCUUUCUCUGUGUGCAUAUGUGGGAGGUACUGGCAGGAGCAAUGCAAAGUGAGAGAAGUCAGAGGCAGGGGUAGGGGUGCACAAAACUAAGGGAGAGAGAGGCUAUAAGACAAACUAAUCUGAAGGAAAGGAAUCAUGCAAGUGGAUGCUGUCUUCUACGGGGUCAGGUUUUGCAAAAUGAGAAACUACUCCGAGAGCACUUCAUCAGGGCUCACCCAGCUCAGAAAGGAUGCCAGCUGCUAGCACCAUGACCGGUGGGAGGGCCCUGCUGCUCUGUACAAACACUGACAACUGUAUCUACCAAUCAGUCAACGGUCUCCAGUGCUGUGGCUUGAAGGUCGGGGAGGCUCCAUCGUCUGCGGUGCCCCAACCCCAAGAGGUGUGUGGGUCACCAGGCGACCGAGAGAGGAGGGGCACUGCUGUGUCCAUCAAACCCCCCCUCUCCCCUCUACUCGGCCUGAGCGACAGCCCAGGUCCCCCUGACACCAUGCUGACUCACAGGAGAACCACCACCACCAGCGACCCGCGAACUCCCAACAUGGAGAACGGGAUGUGUGGUAAGCUGAACCACAAGAGCCCAGCAGGAGCCAAGACUGCCAGCAUCCGUGAUAAGAUAUCCCAAUGGGAAGGCAAAAAGGAGCCUGCCCCAAUCACUCUUACAGGGACAUGUCCGCUAAGUGCAACGCAGAAGGAAGUUGAGACAGUGAGGAAAAAGGAAUCCAAAGCUUCAGAGGUCCAAAGGACAGAUAGCAAGAGGUUUGUCAGCUGGGACAGACAAGACUCAGGGAAGGAGAAUGCUGGAAAGCUGGGGGAUUCUAGGCCUAAAUCUCCAGAAGGCCUAACAAACAAAGACAGAGAAGUGAUUCUAGAGAGGGGGUUUCGGGCUUCCAAGCCAACAGAACAACCCCAAGACAAGAAGUCAGUUUUAACUCACGUCAAGAAACUGGAGAAAGCAACAAAGGAGGUUCCUGACAGACCUUCACUGGCAUUUCCAGGGAAUUACUUCUGCCCUCCUUCAAAGGAGGAGCUGGAGGAAACAGAAAAGAGAGCCAAUGAGCCCAUUUUUGGGACUUUUGACAUGGCACGACCAGGUGGCUCACGGAGGAGAAGGGAGGGAGAUUUUGAGAACGUAUACAGUGAGCCAGGUGCUCCAUCUAUAAACCCUCUACCUAAACCUCAAAGAACCUUCCAGCACCACACACCGCCCACUACCCCAACUUCAGGGCCUUGCCUGGGAAAAGGAAAGAGGAACUUGCCUCCUUUGCCCUCCAUUCCUCCUCCACCUCUACCUACAUGUCCACCCCCAGGAGUUUGCAGGAGACCUUGGAAUGACAAAGCACGCGACAGUGGUAACAGGAAGUCCUAUGAAUUUGAGGAUCUGCUACAGUCGUCCACAGAAAGCUGCCGGGUCGACUGGUACGCUCAAUCCAGACUGGGAUUAACACGCACUUUAUCAGAAGAGAAUGUCUACGAGGACAUUAUAGAUCCUCCAUCCAAGGAGAACCCCUAUGAAGAUAUAGAGCUGGAGAGAAGUUGUUUGGGAAGCAAAUGUGUUUCACCUGCCUCCUCGUCUCCUGUCCCCGACACACCAACUAAGCUCUCCUGCAAGCCUGGAUUCUUCAGACAAAAUUCAGAACGAAGAAGCUUCCGGGUGCCGGAGCUACGCAAGACCAGCAGAGACACUGGCAUGUCCUCACCUUCCCGUAUCAGCCCCCCUUCAACACCCAGCAGCCCUGACGACACCCCCUGUCUCUCCGGAGACCCUUACAAUCGCAGACGGAGGAAAAUCCCCAAGAUGGUGGUGAAAAUCAAUGGCAUCUUCGAGGCGCGGAGAGGGAAGAAACGCAUGAAGAGGGUUUCUCAGUCUACUGAGUCCAGCUCAGGGAGAGUGACAGAUGAGAACAGUGAGUCGGAAAGUGACACAGAGGAGAAAUUGAAAGCUCACAGCCAGCGACUCGUGUCAGUCCAGUCCAUGCUGAGGCAGGCAGGGCGGUACCGGACCUUGGAGAGGGAUUUGAUGGAGUUGCAGGAGAGGAAGCUCUUUGAGUAUUUUAUAGUUGUUGCGCUCCACAAGACCAAGGCCGGAGUUCCGUACCUGCCAGAGGUCACACAGCAGUUCCCUCUGAAGCUUGAGAGGAGCUUUAAGUUCAUGCGGGAGACCGAGGACCAGCUGAAGGUCAUCCCACAGUUCUGUUUCCCUGACGCCAAAGACUGGGCGCCUGUCGACAACUUCCCCAGUGAGACAUUCUCAUUUGUUUUGACUGGUGAAGACGGCAGCAGGCGGUUUGGCUACUGUCGGCGUUUACUGCCCAGUGGUAAAGGACGAAGGCUCCCCGAGGUCUACUGUAUCGUCAGCCGCCUGGGAUGCUUCGACCUCUUCUCCAAGAUCCUGGAUGAAGUGGAAAAGAGGAGGGCUAUCUCCCCAGCUCUGGUGCAGCCUUUUAUGAGAGGCAUCAUGGAGGCUCCCUUCCCUGCUCCAGGAAGGACUAUCACUGUUAAAAACUUCCUACCUGGCUCAGGGACAGAGGUGAUAGAGCUGUGUCGACCGUCAGAUUCCCGCCUGGAACACGUGGACUUUGAAUGUCUCUUCUCUUCUUUGAAUCUACGUCUCCUGCUCCGGGUUUUUGCCUCUCUGCUGCUGGAGCGCAGAGUCAUCUUCACUGCCGACAAACUCAGCACGUUGUCUCAGUGUUGUCAUGCAGUAGUGGCUCUACUUUAUCCCUUCACCUGGCAGCAUACGUACAUCCCUGUCCUCCCACCAUCCAUGUUGGAUAUCGUCUGCACCCCAACUCCCUUUAUAGUCGGCCUCCUCUCCAGCUCUCUACCUCGACUCAAAGAGCUGCCCAUUGAAGAGGUUCUGGUGGUCGACCUCGGCAACAGCCGCUUCCUACGACAGCUGGAUGAUGAAGACUCCAUUCUUCCUCACAAGCUGCAGGCGGCUCUCGAGCAUGUUCUUGACAAGAGGAGGGAGUUGGCCUGUGAGAAAGGAGAUCUGCCCAAUGACUCCAGCUCCCUCAGCACAGUGGUGUCGGAGGCCUUCGUCCGUUUCUUCGUGGAGAUGGUGGGUCAUUACUCCCUCUUCAUGGGCGGAACAGAGCGGGACGACGAGUCUGUCUCUUCCCCCACCUUGCCCAGCCCUUCCUCCUCCUCCUUUCAGCGUGAGGCCUUUCGCAAAGCGGUCACUUCUAAGAGCUUGAGAAGGUUUCUGGAGGUGUUCAUGGAGACCCAGAUGUUUACCGGCUUCAUCCAGGAGAGGGAGCUGCGCAGGCAAGGCCUCAGAGGCCUCUUUGAAGUGAGAGCACAAGAGUAUCUGGACUCACUGCCUGGGAGCGAGCAAAGAGGGGUCAACAAGUUCCUCAAAGGCUUAGGAAACAAGAUGAAAUUCCUUUCCAAGAAAUGAGACUUGGAGUCAAGCUGUCGUCAUUGAAAGCCGGGGAAAAGAAAAAGGUGACACACUCCCUGGACGUGGGAAACACACAGACGGAGAUGUGUCAUUAGCCCAGAACAAAGGGACACCCCUGAAGUGAACUGGACGUAUAGUUUGCGAACAUGAGGGAAUCUGGGGAAGGUUAGGGUUUCGCUUUCAGCUUCAUUAGCCAGUCAUUCCAUUAGCUUGGACCAAAACUCCCCACCAGCAUGAUAAAGCAAUGUCUAACAGUGUUUAGUGUCACGCUCUAAAUGUUUUACAGGUUACAGUCAGUCCUUACAGUGUUUUACUGAAUAGCACAGCACAGUGUAAAUGUUUUAGGAACAGUGUUCUCGAUCACUAACUUCGCCUGUAAACCUGUAAGGAGGAGCGUCACUGAAGCUUCAGUUUGUACAAUCCUAUACAUUCCAAGUAUUUUCUAUAGAAGCUUUUAUAAAUACAAUAGCACAACUUCUUUGUCAACAGGAGGCUUUUAAGUUAAUUUAUAUUCUUUUUCUAGACAAACUUAAUCUCUCUCUUUUUUUUAUUUCCUUCAAAUGAGUGCAAAAGAACCUCCUGUAGUUUGUAAUACGCUUUAUUUAACAGAGUCUAGUCCAGACUGUUUGUAGACCACUUUGGGUUGUCGGGUAUAUGUACCACUGUUUUAAGUAAAUGUUCUUUUAUUGGAAAAGGAAUCAGCGCCGAGACUGAGGAAAAUGUAUGGAUGGGAAGGAAAUCAAUGUGAAUCACUUGGGUUUCAGUAGCGGAUGUGGGACUAGAACUGAAGAAUGAUGUGUAUCUUAGGCCAAUCAGUAUCGAUGUGUUUCACAAAAACAACUAGGGCUGCCUUCAGCAUGAUUGAGAAUGCAAUGAAACUUCAUAAAUAAAGUGAUUUGAUUUAGA